UAAACGUUCUUCAGGCGCCAGUUGAGGACCUUUUUUCCGUCGCGCGCUAACCGGAUGGUCCUUGUCUUAAGAGCUAAUGGCGGACGCCGGCGGUUUGGCGUUGGCGGUGCCCUAGAUCUCGAAGCUACGCAGCAUCUGUCGGAUAUCUACGCCAUCCUCCCUGCUGCAAGCUUGCUUUGACUUGGUAUAACCAAGGCCCGGAUUGUGGAGUUGUGGGUUUCUCAGUGUUCCUGCCACCAUGUUCUUAUACAACUUGACCUUACAGCGAGCCACUGGCAUCAGCUUUGCUAUUCACGGCAACUUCUCUGGAACCAAACAACAAGAAAUUGUUGUUUCUCGUGGGAAGAUCUUGGAGCUGCUUCGUCCUGAUCCCAAUACUGGCAAAGUUCACACUUUACUAACUGUGGAAGUAUUUGGUGUUAUCCGGUCACUCAUGGCGUUUAGGCUGACAGGUGGCACCAAAGACUACAUUGUGGUUGGUAGUGACUCAGGUCGGAUUGUUAUCCUGGAAUACCAGCCAUCCAAGAAUAUGUUUGAGAAAAUUCACCAAGAAACCUUUGGCAAGAGUGGAUGCCGCCGCAUUGUUCCUGGCCAGUUCUUAGCUGUGGAUCCCAAGGGGCGAGCUGUUAUGAUUAGUGCCAUUGAGAAACAGAAGUUGGUAUAUAUUUUGAACAGAGAUGCUGCAGCCCGGCUCACCAUUUCAUCUCCCCUGGAGGCCCACAAAGCAAACACUUUAGUAUAUCAUGUAGUUGGAGUAGAUGUGGGAUUUGAGAAUCCAAUGUUUGCUUGUCUGGAAAUGGAUUAUGAGGAAGCAGACAAUGAUCCGACAGGGGAAGCAGCAGCUAAUACCCAGCAGACGCUUACUUUCUAUGAGUUAGACCUUGGUUUAAAUCAUGUGGUUCGAAAAUACAGUGAACCUUUGGAGGAACAUGGCAACUUCCUUAUUACAGUUCCGGGAGGGUCAGAUGGUCCGAGUGGAGUGCUGAUUUGCUCUGAAAACUAUAUCACCUACAAGAACUUUGGUGACCAACCAGAUAUCCGCUGUCCAAUUCCCAGGAGACGGAAUGACCUGGAUGACCCUGAAAGAGGAAUGAUUUUUGUCUGCUCUGCCACCCAUAAGACCAAAUCCAUGUUCUUCUUUUUGGCCCAAACGGAGCAGGGAGAUAUAUUCAAGAUCACGUUGGAGACAGAUGAAGAUAUGGUCACCGAGAUCCGCCUCAAGUACUUUGACACGGUGCCUGUUGCUGCUGCGAUGUGUGUCCUUAAGACGGGCUUCCUUUUUGUGGCAUCGGAAUUUGGAAACCAUAUAGUUGUGAGCAAGUUGCUGAGUUCUGUGCCCACUGAAUCUGUGGUUUGUUUCCUAUCUUCUCAGGUGUCAGAAAUGGCUGUCUCUGAGCUACCCGGUAACCCCAAUGCUGUCUGGACAGUGCGUCGCCACAUUGAAGAUGAAUUUGAUGCCUAUAUCAUUGUGUCUUUCGUGAAUGCCACACUUGUGUUGUCCAUUGGAGAGACUGUGGAAGAAGUGACUGAUUCUGGGUUCCUGGGGACCACCCCAACCUUGUCCUGCUCUUUGUUAGGAGAUGAUGCCUUGGUGCAGGUGUACCCUGAUGGCAUUCGGCACAUACGAGCAGACAAGAGAGUCAAUGAGUGGAAGACCCCUGGAAAGAAAACAAUUGUGAAAUGUGCAGUGAACCAGAGACAAGUGGUGAUUGCCCUGACAGGUGGAGAGCUGGUCUAUUUCGAGAUGGAUCCCUCAGGACAGCUGAAUGAGUACACAGAACGGAAGGAGAUGUCAGCAGAUGUGGUGUGCAUGAGUUUGGCCAACGUGCCCCCUGGAGAGCAGAGAUCUCGCUUCCUGGCUGUCGGGCUGGUAGAUAACACUGUCAGAAUCAUCUCUCUGGAUCCCUCGGACUGUUUGCAACCUCUGAGCAUGCAAGCUCUCCCAGCCCAGCCGGAGUCCUUGUGUAUUGUGGAAAUGGGUGGAACUGAGAAGCAGGAUGAACUGGGUGAGAGGGGCUCUAUUGGCUUCCUAUACCUGAACAUUGGGCUACAGAACGGUGUCCUGCUGAGAACUGUCCUAGACCCUGUCACAGGAGAUCUGUCUGAUACCCGCACUAGGUAUCUUGGGUCCCGUCCUGUGAAACUCUUUCGUGUCAGGAUGCAAGGCCAGGAGGCAGUGUUGGCCAUGUCAAGCCGCUCAUGGUUGAGCUAUUCUUACCAAUCUCGUUUCCAUCUUACCCCCCUGUCUUAUGAGACCCUGGAAUUUGCAUCUGGCUUUGCGUCUGAACAGUGUCCUGAGGGCAUUGUGGCCAUCUCCACCAAUACCCUGAGGAUUUUAGCAUUGGAGAAGCUAGGUGCUGUCUUCAACCAAGUAGCCUUUCCACUGCAGUACACACCCAGGAAAUUUGUCAUCCACCCUGAGAGUAACAACCUUAUCAUCAUUGAGACUGACCACAAUGCCUACACUGAGGCAACAAAAGCUCAGAGGAAGCAGCAGAUGGCAGAGGAAAUGGUGGAAGCAGCAGGGGAGGAUGAGCGAGAGCUGGCCGCAGAGAUGGCAGCAGCAUUCCUCAAUGAAAACCUCCCCGAGUCCAUUUUUGGAGCUCCUAAGGCUGGCAAUGGGCAGUGGGCCUCUGUGAUCCGAGUGAUGAAUCCUAUACAGGGGAACACGCUGGACCUUGUACAGCUGGAACAGAAUGAGGCUGCUUUUAGCGUGGCCGUGUGCAGGUUCUCCAACACCGGUGAGGACUGGUAUGUGCUGGUGGGCGUGGCCAAAGACCUGAUACUGAACCCCCGAUCUGUAGCAGGGGGCUUUGUCUAUACCUACAAGCUUGUGAACAAUGGGGAAAAACUGGAGUUUCUGCACAAGACUCUGGUAGAAGAGGUCCCUGCUGCCAUUGCCCCAUUCCAGGGAAGGGUGUUGAUUGGUGUGGGGAAGCUUCUGCGAGUCUAUGACCUGGGAAAGAAGAAGUUACUCCGAAAGUGUGAGAACAAGCAUAUUGCCAACUAUAUCUCUGGAAUCCAGACUAUUGGACACAGGGUAAUUGUGUCUGAUGUCCAAGAAAGUUUCAUCUGGGUUCGCUACAAGCGUAAUGAGAACCAGCUCAUCAUCUUCGCUGAUGACACCUAUCCACGAUGGGUCACUACAGCUAGCCUCCUCGACUAUGACACUGUGGCUGGGGCAGACAAGUUUGGCAACAUUUGUGUGGUGAGGCUCCCACCUAACACCAACGAUGAAGUGGAUGAGGAUCCCACAGGAAACAAAGCACUGUGGGACCGGGGCUUGCUCAAUGGGGCCUCUCAGAAGGCAGAGGUGAUCAUGAACUACCAUGUGGGUGAGACAGUGCUGUCAUUACAGAAGACCACCCUGAUCCCUGGAGGCUCCGAAUCACUUGUUUAUACUACCUUGUCAGGAGGAAUUGGCAUCCUUGUCCCAUUCACAUCCCAUGAGGACCAUGACUUCUUUCAGCAUGUGGAAAUGCACCUGCGUUCUGAGCAUCCCCCUCUCUGUGGGCGAGACCACCUCAGCUUUCGUUCCUAUUACUUCCCUGUUAAGAACGUGAUUGAUGGAGACCUCUGUGAGCAGUUCAACUCCAUGGAGCCCAACAAGCAAAAGAAUGUCUCUGAAGAACUAGACCGAACCCCGCCUGAGGUGUCCAAGAAGCUUGAGGACAUCCGGACCCGCUAUGCCUUCUGAGCCCACCCGCCCUUUUCUAUGGCACUUGUCAGAGACUGUUUUUUUCCCCACCACUUGACUCUGAACAGAAGAAGGAGGGCUGGAUAAUUAAGACUUGCAAUAUUAAAGCUAAUAAGUAGCUCUUUCUCAUCUACUUUUCCCCUGGAAUGACUGGUUUCCCCUAAGAUUGGCACUGAGAUUCACUAUGCUUCUCCCUGCUGGUACAUAAUUUCAGUGUGGAAUACAAUGUCCCUUAAUCCCCCAAAGCUCUCCCUGCAUUGAUACUUCCGACUCUCUUGUCCACUUUUGUAUACACCCUUAAUUUUUAAUUGGUUUUCCUGUAAAUAUAGUUUUGUAAUGUUAUCUUUGUGGGAGGGAGGAAGGUAAGCUGAGGUGUGGACCAGGUUGGUUAUGGUGUAACUCCUGAGUUCUGCCACUCUGAACCUAACCAGAAAUACAAACGUAGUUUUUAAGGUGGUGGGUGUCCAUGUGUCUUUCCUGUUGAUGAGAAUUUAGGCAGGAGAUUUGAGCCUGAGUUGGAGCAGUAAGAACUGAGCUUCCUUCCUUCCAGAUGCCUCUUUGGAGUUCUGGCACUGUGUCCCCACACUCCCAGCUCUGCGACUAGUGGUUUUGCUUUUCUUUAAUCCUUUCUGCUAUGCAGAUGAAACUUGGGCCUAAUAAUAACCAUGUGGUCAUCCACACCUCCUCCCAUUGGAUAUUGAGAAAGAGUGGCUAAUUUCUCCUCCUGUUUUAGCUUCCUUCUAGUUCGAUGUUUUCAAAUGAAGGAUUUGGCAUGAAUUCCAGGUGGGUAGUCUCUUAUCAGAUGCUUCUUUCACUUCUACAGCUCCUGUAAUGAUUGUUUGCCAUAUGACUACUGGGAAGGAUCAGUAAGUACAGAAGAAGCCAGAUACUAACCUGCCCUUAAGAGCAGAAUCAAUAUACGUGGUCUUCAUUGAAAGGCAUGUGGGUAACCAGAGUGCGCCCGUCUACUGAGAACAUCUUAGGUGGGCUCCAGAGGGCCCUUGGGUGUGAGGGGGCAGCACUGAUAAUAGCCUGUCAGCUGGAAGUGACCCAGUGCCAGAAAUAUUCCAGCCCACGCCUGAGAAUUCAGCCCUCCUCCUCCCCAGCUGUGUCGGAAUCCUUAAUCUUGCAGGCAGUUUCUCAGCUUCACUGAACCAGGAGAGACCUGAGCUCACUGCUUUCUUGGUACUUUGCAAAGUGAAGUGUUCUGUGUGUUUGCCCAGCCAUUUCCACUGAGCAGAUUCUCUGGGUUAGAAUCAGGAAUGGGGGCGAUAAGACACAGUCUUUGACAGAACAGUCCACACGCCAGUUCGGGGAGGAGAGUGCUUCCUGAUGCUAUCCCUUGGGACUGUAUCUUUUUUAAUCAUGACUUGUUUUAGAUUAGUCAGUAGAGACCCAGGUUUGCCAGGAAUUGAAUCCCUAAAUAUCACUUUUCUCUCUCACUUAGCUCAUGUAUUCACACAGUAGACAGUACUUUUGAAUUACAUUUGCACAGCAUAAUUCCAGGGCCCAUUUUUCCUGAGGCCCCCACCUAACCCAUUCCAAUUAGUCUGUCAGAUGGUGUGAUGUUUACAUGCAGUAGUCUUGAGAAAGUCAGAGAUGUUCAAGCAGCUGCUUCGCUCCUUGUUCCUCACCUC